GGGUUGUGUUGAUCAUCCAAUUGUUUUGACAGAAGCCGUGUGCAAUCCUCUGUAUUCGAGACAGAUGAUGUCAGAGCUCCUCUUUGAAUGUUACCAAGUGCCAAAAGUGUCCUAUGGAGUAGACAGCUUGUACAGUUUUUACCACAACAGGAGGCAGAGCUGGCCCUGCAGUGGCUUGGUGAUAUCCUCAGGCUAUCAGUGCACACACAUCCUGCCAGUCCUAGAAGGCAGGCUGGAUGCUAAAAACUGCAAACGGAUUAAUCUUGGAGGGUGUCAGGCAGCUGUGUACCUCCAGAGGCUCCUUCAGCUGAAGUACCCAGGACAUUUUGCUGCCAUCACUCUCAGUCGCAUGGAGGAAAUACUGCAUGAGCACAGCUACAUUGCAGAGGACUACAUAGAAGAGCUGCAGAAGUGGAGGUCCCCAGAGUACUACGAGGACAACGUGCACAAGAUGCAGCUGCCUUUCUCCAGCAAGCUGCUGGGCAGCACUCUGAGCUCAGAGGAGAAGCAGGAGAGGAGGCAGCAGCAGCUGCGGCGCCUCCAGGAGCUCAACGCGCGCCGGCGGGAGGAGAAGCUGCAGCUGGACCAGGAGAGGCUGGACAGGUUACUGUAUGUGCAGGAGCUUCUAGAAGAUGGUCAAAUGGAUCAAUUCCACAAAGCUUUGGUGGAGCUGAACAUGGACUCUGCAGAAGAACUUCAGUCUUAUAUCAACAAGUUGAGUGUGUCUGUGGAACAAACGAAGCAGAAAAUCCUGCAGGCAGAAGCCAAUAUUGAAGUAGAUGUUGUGGACAGCAAGCCAGAGACUCCAGAUUUGGAUCCCUUGGGCAGUGAACAGUCACUGGAGGAUGUGGAAAGUAUGAAUGAGUUUGAACCUUUGUUUGCUGAGGAGCAGCCUGAAGUGGAGAAGCCUGUUGCUACAGUGCAGCCUGUGUUUAACCUGGCAGAGUACCACCAGCUUUUCCUUGGCACUGAAAGAAUCAGGGCUCCAGAGAUUGUCUUCCAGCCCUCCCUGAUAGGAGAAGACCAGGCUGGUAUAGCAGAAACCAUGCAGUAUGUCCUGGAGAGAUACCCAAAGGAACAACAAGCUGUUCUUGUCCAGAAUGUUUUCCUCACUGGUGGAAAUACAAUGUACCCUGGAAUGAAGGCCAGAGUCCAGAAGGAACUCCUUGAAAUGAGGCCCUUCCAGUCAUCUUUUCAGGUCCACCUCGCCUCCAGCCCCGUUCUGGACGCCUGGUACGGGGCUCGGGACUGGGCAGUGGAGCACAUGACCCGUGAGGAGGGCUGGAUAAGCAGGAAGGACUAUGAGGAGAAGGGGGGAGAGUACCUCAAGGAGCACUGUGCCUCCAACGUCUACGUGCCCAUCCGGCUCCCCAAGCAGCCCCCGCGGGCGGAGGCGCCCAGCCGGGCGCUGGCCUCGGGCUCCACCCCCUGUGAGCAGGGCUAG